UAAAUUUUAAAAAAAUCAUACUUUUUUACUAGAAUGAGUCUAAGGUAUAGAUGCGACGAGAUUUUCAUGGAAAACCUGGUUAGGGUCGUGGUCUUCUUUGCCUCAGGUCAUUAGAUUGUUAUUGAGUUUCAUAAGUCUUCCCUUAAUUUUGGUGAACAUAAGUCAAAUAGUCAACAAAAAUCAAAGCUAAAGAAUCUUAUUUGGCGUUGAAACAAAAUUUGAAAUAUGGUAUUGUUCAUAUUUUUUGAAUCGGUCAAUCACAUGCUGGUAUCAUCAUCAUCCCUUAAUUUUCUGGUGCUGGAGAUGAAUAUCCGGUCAACAGAUUCAAAUUGAAUUUUCUAGCUCAAAUUGAAAUUUCCGCUAAUCCCUUUUAAAAGCCACCAUCCCCUCUCAGAAUUUCUGUCGACAUAAUCUCUUCAAAAACCUAGCUUCUACCAUUACCGCCUUUAUGUUUCUUCGUUCUUUUUUCCCGUCUUUGUGUGUGUUUAUCUGUGUUCAUUUGUUUAUUCGAGGUUCACCAUCAUCUGUCACAGUUGAUUUUGAGCUAUGCUAGGUAUAAGAGAAGAGAAGGGAGUGGUGUCGGCUGAUCUUUUGCCUCCUUCUCUUUUCUAGCAUCGCCGAUCGUGCUAUAAGGUGAAAGGGCUCUUAUUUGAUUCAUAGAGCUAUGAGGUGUAUUGCUAUUUUUCAACAUUUUUAUUCGACUUUCUGAUCCACAGAGUUAUGAGGUGCAUGGUUCAAGGGGCUAUGAGUUGACCUUUAAGAAAAACCUUAACUAUGUCUCCUCCAUCUAAUUUAUGUUCAUGUUUGUUGCAGAUUACAUGGAGAUAAAAUGUUAUAGAGUCUUUUUUUUCUUAUUUUUUGAGCAGGAGGAAUCAAGCAAUUAACAUUUUGAUUGAAAGUUUAGGGUUAUUAUUCCUAUUGGUUGGUGAUUGAAUGUGGAUCUUAUUCUUGACGAGGUACAGUUCUCAGCCCUCUCUCUUUAUCCGCCCAAAUAACGAGCUAAUCACUUUUAUGAACUGUAAGUCUAAUUUUAUAGAAAGGUUUCAAGAUAAUAGCAAUGGAUUAAUGGUUUGUGAAUGGUGGAGUCUCAAAUUAUUGAGAAAAUUAAAAAAGCUAAGAACAAGGUUGAGCUAUAGAAGAUGAAGGCAGAGAGUGAAAUGUUAAGUGGGCUACAAUCAUGAUAAUUAAUAGCUUUUAUUGUUUUUUUAAUAUAAAAUGAUGACAUGUAUAUAUGUUUAUCUGUAUGGAGUAAAAGAUUGAGUAUGUUUUUUUAUCCUUUUUUUUAUAAAGAAAGGCAUAUGAUGAAAGGUUUAGCUGGU